AUGGACGACCCCGCGAUGGAGCCGCUCAUGGCCGCGGACGCUGUCGCCCACCCUCACCGGCGCUUUUCGUCCUCGAAACCUUCUUCUGCCCUACACGAGUAUGCGAGGCCACGAUCCCAAGCCAACGAUGCCGGCGCACUCGAUCCAGACACCUGCCGCAUUUGCAGAGGAGAAGCAACCGCCGACGAGCCUCUCUUCUACCCGUGCAAAUGCAGCGGCAGCAUCAAAUACGUCCAUCAAGACUGCCUGAUGGAGUGGCUCUCCCACUCGCAGAAGAAGCACUGCGAGCUGUGCAAGACGCCAUUCCGCUUUACGAAGCUGUACUCGCCCAAGAUGCCCAAGACGUUGCCUGCCCACGUCUUCGUCGGCCACAUGGCCAAGUAUCUCUUCCGGAAUCUCCUCGUAUGGCUACGAGCUGCCCUCGUCAUCAGUGUCUGGCUUUGUUGGUUGCCCUACCUGAUGCGCUCCGUCUGGGCUUUCUUGUUCUGGGUCAGCGACGAGGGUCUGGGCAGCGGCGCCCUGUGGAACAGUUCGAAUGCGACCGUCAGCCGCGGCGUCUCGGUUGCCUUCUCUGUCGCCAAUUCUUACGUCUGCCCUGCAUCGCCGCUCCUCGAACCAACCACGACGCCCGCAAACUUGGGAACCAUGCUGAAAGACAUUAUCCAGGGACAAGAACUCCCCUUCAGCCGGUCAUUCCACGGUGUCAACAUCACAACCAAUGAUUCCAUGUCGGCUGCCCUCUUGAGGAUGCUACUCGGUUCCAUCACAUCCUCGGGCUCCACCAAUUCAACUGGAACGCCCACCGGAGGCGGUGACCCUGUCCUGGACCGCCACCCGUCUCUGUUGAGCGGCGUGUCGUGGUUGCGGAACAUGACUAGAUAUCCAGUGGUGAACCGGACCAUUAUUGGCGUGCUAGAGGGCCAGAUCAUUACAAUCCUAGUCAUCAUCUCGUUCAUUCUCGUCAUCCUGGUUCGCGACUAUGUUGUCCAGCAGCAACCGGAAAUCAACAUGCGGGCUGCCUUCGCUGUCAAUGACAACCAGCAGCCGCAACCUCCUGUGCAACCGCAAGACCAGCACCAACAUCAUCAUCACGAGCAUGAUGACGACGCCGACAUGCUUGACAACUUCAAUGACGAGGACUUGAGAGGUCCGAGUGAAAGCGAUGAGGAUGACGACGAAUCGAUAACCGGCCAGCGACCCGGAGACCAGGAACCUAUGUCUCAUGUGCCUUGGAACGACCAAGAAGCGACAGCUGAAGCUGCGGGACCUUCACUGCCAAGGCAUCUCGACACUCUUGGUCCGCGCGCUUACGGCAACACCGGACCGGAAUUCGACUUCAACACGCCGCCAGAAGGUCGCACCGACAAGGACAAGGACACACAAGCCCCUGUCGCAGCUGUGCACGAGUACCUGCGGAUAUAUCGCCAAGCCAAUGGUGAUCCCGAAAAGAUCCUCAAAAUCAUCGAGGACGAGGACUUGGACGAGCCGCUAGGCUACUGGGCCAGGAUCACAAAGUCCAUGAUGGACAAGAACCGAGAGGCGGGCGUGACUCAGCCGAGGAAGAAUGACUCCAGAUCCGAUGGACCCUCGACCUCCAGAGAUUCGCCAGCCCCGACUCCCUUCACGGUUCAGCUGCCUGCCCCCUCAACACCGCAAUUCUCCUGGCCCACCUACCAUUCAGGUGAAAAUAGCACGGAUGAGAGUGGCAAAGGCAAGGGCAAGAUCGCACAGCAAGCAGACGGGCAAGAACCCGUCGAUCGCGGCGAAGGUGCAAGCGAGUGGAGGUCGACAUCCUACCAAAGCCCCCUACGACCUAGAUCUGUCUCUGACGGCCCGCAACGGAGCGAUACCAUCAACCCCCUGGCAAACAACAGCUGGUCUUUCUCGGGUCUGAACACGACACCUCCAGCUGAGCCCGUGACUGAGGAGCCGGUGCAAACGUCCGGCGCCAAUCCCCGAGCUUACGAUAUUGGUCCUUCUGCAGGUCGCUCCACUCCGCCCCGCAGCAACUCCCCCGAGUACGGCUCCGACCUGGAUUUUGGAUUCGGCGUUGCGGAGCCUCAAGAGAACGGUUCUUUCGAUCCCCGAGGCUCAGAUGCGCAGCCCGUAGAUCGCGUUGGCCCGCGACAAGACGAUGGCACCGUCGUAGAAGCGGUCCAAGAGAACAACGACAUGCCAGAAACCGAGGACGUCCGAGUGGCUCAGCGUCCGCCUCUUCAGCGAGGGGUCAUGGACCGAGUCGCCGACUUUUUGUGGGGCGAUAUUGAGAUCCGAGAGCUGGACAUUGGCGGACGCGACGACGAGGCUGUUCAUGAACAUGAUCAUGACAGCGACGAUGAUGAGUUCGAUGACAUGGAUGAUGACCAGGACGGCGUUGAGCAGGAUCGGGAGGUUGUCGAAGCGGCCGUCGCCGCCGGCCUUGACCCUGAAGCGAUCGAUGAUGCCGAGGACUUCGAGGGCAUCAUGGAGUUGAUCGGCAUGCGCGGGCCCAUCGCGGGCCUCUUCCAAAACGCCAUCUUCUGCGUCGUGCUCGUUUCAGUCACCAUCUUUGUCUGCGUCUUCGUACCUUACAACCUAGGACGAAUCAGCGUCUGGGCAGCGAUGAACCCCAUGCGCUUAGUUCGUAUGCUUUUCAGCAUGACCAAGUUCGUUCAAGAUGUGGCGGUUGGCGUCAUGGCCGGCCUGGGCAGCCUCGCUCUGUCCUUUGUUUACACGACAGGAAGAAUGAUGGGCUUCCCAGCCGGGAACGGGGUUGGCUUGCUCAUGACCAAGACUUUCAACAUCUUCAUGAGUGCAUCGAGUCGGGUUCUCGAAAGUCUGACCAGCGAAUUGCCAAUCAUCUCAACCACCGAGAUGCAGAACUUUUCCGCCAUCAGCCACGAGGCACUCCUCAACUUCAAAUCCUACUUGUCUGGCUCGCUUGCCGCUGUAGGCGACAUUCUGAGCUCCAUUUUCGACCGCGACCUCGUCACAAACGCCAAGCACGUGGCAUCCCUUUCUGCAAAUGCAACCAUGUUUGCGUGGAACGCCGCUCGGGACGUUCCCAUCAGCGUCCUCAACCCUGGCUCAUGGGUAAUCAGCUUUAGUGUGCCUGAGCCUUCGGUAGCUGUGAAUCCUGCGUUGUCGUAUUGGUCAGGCAACGACCGAUUCUGGGCCAUUCUCUGCGGAUACUUUACCUUCUCGGCCAUCAGCGCGCUCUACUUACGACGCGGCUCCCCGUUCUCCACCGGACCGACAGGCCAGGAGUGGGAAGCUUCGUUGAUCGACUUGCUCAACCAGGCCAGCGGCGUCAUGAAGGUCAUUCUCAUCAUCAGUAUCGAGAUGCUCAUCUUCCCGCUCUACUGCGGUCUCCUCUUGGACGUCGCUCUUCUUCCCCUGUUCGAAGCAACCACCCUCAAAUCCCGGGUCGCCUUUACGAUCAACUUUCCGCUAACCUCAAUAUUCGUGCACUGGUUCGUGGGCACAGGAUACAUGUUUCACUUUGCACUGUUCGUCUCCAUGUGCCGGAAGAUAAUGCGCAAGGGCGUUCUCUACUUUAUCCGGGACCCCGAUGACCCAGAGUUCCAUCCUGUCCGCGAUGUACUGGAGCGCAACGUCAUGACGCAGCUGCGCAAGAUUCUGUUCUCCGCCUUUGUGUAUGGCGCACUUGUCAUCGUUUGCCUCGGCGGUGUGGUCUGGGGUCUGGCUCUCAGCCUUCCCAACGUGCUGCCCAUUCACUACUCGUCCAACGAGCCUGUACUAGAGUUCCCGGUCGACCUGCUCUUCUACAACUUCGCAAUGCCUCUGGCGGUCAAGUUCUUCAAGCCCAGCGAUGGCCUGCACGCCAUGUACACCUGGUGGUUCCGGAAGUGCGCUCGAGGACUUCGCCUGACCUGGUUUCUGUUCGGCGAGCGUCGCAUCGACGAGGAAGGGAUUCUGGCUGUGCGCCCGGGUUCGGACCUCGAGAACCUACCAUGGUGGAGGCGACUGUUUCUGGAGGUCAAUAAGCAGGACAAAGUUGUGCCGAAGACGUGGGAAGAUACCUUCGAGGGUGGCACAGCCAAACCAACAUCAUCAAUUCCCAAUGAUCAAAUGAUAAAUCUGAGUCUCAGAAAAGCUAGGCUUGUACGCACCGGACAGUUGAUCGAAGACGGCCAAUAUGUGCGCACGCCUGCGUCGGACCAGGUCAAGAUUCCCAAGGGAAGACGCGUGUUUAUGCCCGUUUCCGAGGCCAACACUCGUUUGGACGGCAAACCCGACUCCCCAGACACGGACCUCUACUCGACAGACCAGUAUCAGCUGGUGUACGUCCCACCGCACUUCCGAGCCAGGGUCUUCCUGUUCAUCAUGUUCAUCUGGAUGUUUGCCGCCGUUACAGGCGUGAGCUUCACAAUCGUGCCUCUUGUUUUCGGUCGCAAGAUGUUCAAGGUCCUCAUCCCUGCGCAUAUCCGGACCAACGACAUAUACGCUUUCAGCAUCGGCAUCUACAUCCUAGGUUCCGCAGCCUACUUCCUCUUCCACGCCCGCUCCAUGUUCAGAAAGAUGACGGCCUGGGCCACCAAGACCCUGCAGUCCGUGUGGCAGAGCAAUGCUCCGAUGGGGGUAGCACUCAUGGCAAUUCAAGUAGUCAGGCUUGCCUAUGCGUACACCAUCCUUCUGAUCAUUUUCCCUCUCAUCCUGACAGCGCUCAUGGAGCUGUACUGCCUCAUUCCCAUGCACACCUACAUGUAUCCGCCGACACCUUACACGGCCGGGACCAACAACAACGGGCAGUUCAAGGACGGCGUCAUCGUUUCCAACCAGCACACGGCAAGAGUCAUACAAUCGUGGACCUUGGGCUUGCUUUACGUCAAGCUCGGCGCUCGCGCCAUCACCAGCCUAUACGAGGGCACCCGCAUGGCCCAAGCUGUGCGCGCCGUGCUGCGUCGUGGUUGGCUGCAACCCGACGUGCUCGUUCUGACGCGGGCGUUCGUGGUGCCUGGCCUCCUCAUCGGGGGGCUCGCGAUCUUUGGGCCUCCUUACGCCGUGGGCUGGAUGGAGUCUCACGGGGUCCUCGGAACACCGGGGCCUGCACCUCACGAACUCAAGAUGAUUUACCGUUUGUCGUACCCGGCCGCGGCGUUCAGCGCGCUGGCUGCUAUGGCUUUCUGGAGCAUCGUGGGCGUGUUCAACAACUGGAAGGCGCGCAUCAGGGACGAGGCCUACCUUAUUGGGGAGAGGCUUCACAACUUUGGCGUCGGUGCUGCUGGUGCCGCGAGCGCGCGUAGCCCUUGGAGAGUCAGGGGUCGUGUAUGA